ACGAAAGGUUCCGGAAAGCAAAUGACGUCCCAGGCAGGACGAAAUCAGCAACGAAACGCCCAUAUGGCCCAUAUGUUAAGGUAAACAAAGCUCGCCAAAAGUGGGUCUCGCUUUUGGAUUUGUGACUAGAUAAGGCCCGGACUGCAGACAAAAGCGGGUCGGGAUGACCACGUACACUCGGAUGGACGUAUCCGUGAUACACAGGGAGACGGAGAUAUUUGCCUUUCUUCUUUUGGAAUUUUCUUUGGAACCGCCAGACUCUGUGUGUCCUUCUCAAAUCAUUGCCCCGGAAAAGAGAUGAGGAAAUCGGGAGUUUUAUUUCUGGGCCCCGUCAAGUGUACUUGACAAAUUUAACUCUCGUCCCAUUUCUAAUCUAAGCCUAAUUAAUGCAUAAUGGAUCAAUCAUGAUAAAGACAACUGUAAGGGAGACGAUCGAGUACAUACACCCUGCGAGUUGCCGGGAGGAGCUGCAGGACAUCAUGCGGCUGAUGAUGGUGCUGCGGGAGACGCCGGUGCGGAACGUGGACCUGCAGGUGCUGGUGGCCGCCCUGCAGAUGAAGCACCUCAAGUGCUUCCAGGUGAUGCUCAAGGCCGGCUUUGACCCCAACACGUACGACGACAGACUGAAAUCGAGUGCGAUCACAGAGGUGCUAAACCUGGACGAGCCCAAGAACUUCCUAAAGGAGCUGAUCCGGCACGGCGCCAGUCCCAACCAUCCGUGUCCGCACACGCCCAACUUCACCUAUGUCAAGCAGGCCGUCGAGCAAGGCGACUUUGACUCGGUCGCUCUGCUUGCCAUCCGCGGCGCCGACCUUGACCUCGAGCACCGCUUCGAGCACUCAUAUAAACAGCUCACCCCGCUCGGGGUUGCCGCCCUUACCUGGCGCGUCAACAUCACCGAAGUGCUGCUCCUGUACGGCGCCAAAAUCGAGUACUCCAACCCUGAAGUCAAUCAGACCAACGCCCUGGUCUACCUCUGCUGCAUGAAGAAGAACAGCAGCUUCAUCCACAAGCUUUACACUCUCAAGGUCUUGCACAGACACGGCGCAAACCUGUGGCAGCGAAAUCGGCAGGGCAAGACGGCGCUCGAGUACGUCCUGUCGCAGUGCAAACAGAACCGCUCGGUGCGGUGGUUCAAGUUAGCGUCGGUGCUCAGAGACUGCAUGCGGACGCCGCUCAGUCUGCAAAUGCUGAGUCGAAACGCGCUGCGCAAGAACAUCGGCAAAAUGUACUACACCAAAGUGCGGAGACUGACUGUCCAAGGUGUGCCCGUGUCCAGACUGACCAUCCUCGAUUUCCUCCUCUACAAAGACUUGAAGUCUGGCUUUCAGCACGAACUUGACGAGUGUUGUUCUGUGAGCAAAAGCAGCGAAUAACCGAUUCUCGCCUGCCAUCCGAAUAAUUAUUAUACAUCUUGCCUGCCAAAAAUCUCUCCUCUUAAGUUACACGUCCAUUUUGUACUUAAAGGAAUCAACGUUUUGGCUUUAUUAGUUUCUGGUCAGACUUUCUCGGUUAAGACUUCAAUUCACUAAUUAACAAACAAAAAAUACAAAAGAGAUGUAGGCUUUAGAAAGAAAGUUUCAAUCCAUACAUGUUGCUAGCGAUUCGAUUCCAUCCUGAUGUGUAAUCUAAAUUUUAGGUCUCAGCGAAUUAGGAGGAUCUGUUGGUAGACCCUGCCUGGCUCAGUCGUUUGCAAAAGAGCCUUAAUAUCGGGGCCUACAAUAGCUUUGAUGUGAUCUACUUAAAAUGAAAAAGGGUACCAUUACGAAGCUUCAAAGAUAAUAAUUGUGUUCUUGCUGUGUAAACACAAACUGGAAUCCUUGUUACGGUCUUUUAAAUAACUGAUCGGAAAUUUAGUUCCCGGGUUUUCAAUAGUGUUGUAAAAUAACCAUUUGCCACAUAAGUCCUUUUAAUGUGAUGUACCACAAUAAUGAAGAAAGUGCGUGUAUUAUUUCUGCAAUAAGUUGUUGUAUGCUUGAUAUGCACACAAACAUUAUUAUUAUUAUUAUAUUAAUAUACAUACCGUUGUUGAAAUCUAAUUUUUGAGUGCUGUGCUUUUCUUGUUAUCUCUUCUCCGUGUCCGAGAAAGACACGUUUCAAGAUACUCAAUCACUAUUUGAGCAGGUAGAAUAUUUUAUUUUUUAACAAACAAAAAACUUUUUGCCUUAUUCCAAUGUUUUGGAUUUUCUUUUUAAUUUUGGUUGGUGUGCACUUGUCACCAGCGAUUCUGAAUUGACGUUUUUUCAGACAAAACAUGUAUUAGCGCCUUAUAUAUACGACUAAAAUACCUGACAAAGAAAAAACAAACACCUUCACAUUGUCCAUUAAAGCUGACACACAUUUACGGUCCAUCCCUCAAUGUGCAUCAACGUGAUAAUUUAUAUCUGAGUUUCACAAGGUUGAGCUUAGAAAUAUUGGAUAUUUCACGAGCAGAGUGAUUUAAAUUUCCUUACCUCCCACCACGGAGACGAAAACACAAAAUACGCUUCCUCUCUUUUUUCAGACUUUAUAUAAUCCAGAUGUCUUAUAUUAAUAUAAUCUCAGAUUGAUGAACUUUGUUACCUUUUAGUAUAAACUUUGUAUAAUCAUAAUGCAUGCAAACUUUAAACAGAUAAAUAUAAUAAUUAUAUAAAUCACAAAAAAUGCAAACAAUCAUCAGAUGUCGGUUUGGUCUAGUGUGUUAAUUAGCUUAGAAAAACUACUAAAAGUGUUCUCCCACAAAACUGAAUUAACUUUUUAUGAUUGAGUUAUUGCACUUUUUCUGCGCUCCUUUUGCAAUAAGUUGCCAAGGAGGAAGAAAUUUUCUGGUUUUCUGGGUGCCUUAUUAUCCGAGUAAAUUUAAACGUGAUUAUUUUUUUUCUAUUUCAUUAUUUAACCAUGAUUGCAUUUACAGUUUUCCUAACACAUGAUACACAAUUAAGUGUGUUUUACUGAAAGGUUUUCAAACACAAAAUGUAUAGUUAUGGAAUACAAAAUGUAAUGAUAAAUUGAGAGAGAGAGUUGAAAAUACAAAACGGCAGUAUAGUUCCCCCAAGUUUUACUCGUCACGUGUGCUGCUACACAAAAUUUCAAAUAAUAUGUAUACCUUUAUAAAAGUUUCAAUGCACGCAUAAUUAUUCAAUUACGAGAUAAAUAUUAUAAAUAUUUUAUAUUUCAAGCAAAUGAGAUGCAGUUUGAACAUUUCCUUGUCAGGGAAAAUCUGGAAAUAUAUUUGUGUAUCCUAAACCCGAACCACAAAAAAAAGAAAUUGGAAACAGAUGUGCAGCGUUGUUUGUUGCAAACUGAAGAAAAUACAAAAAAAAAAUAGUGUAAAAGAAAAUCAAAAAUAAAAACCUA